AUGCCUGCCCCCGCCGAAAAGCAAACAGCAACGCUAAACAAAUUCAUCGAAGGCUGGAAGGGCUGGACCCCAGAUGGGUUCCUGGCCAGCUGGUCCGAAGAUUGCGCCCAAGUGACUCUCCCCUUCAGCUCUGGGGUAGCACCUCGCACUCGUGCAAUUACUGAGGAGCUGUUUCUGAAGCUCAUGUCCAUCUUGACGAACUGUGAGCUCACCGUGCACAAUGUGAUCCAUGACCCUGCUCAAAGCAAAGCGGUGAUGUAUGCAAUUACAACUGCGGAUUCUCCGUUUGGGCCAUACAAGAAUGAACAUGCCUGUUUCGUGUGGUUCGAUGAGAGUGGCGAGUACGUGAAUCGGAUUGAGGAGAUGUUGGACGGGGUGUUUAUGAAGCACUUUCUGCUCAAGUUGGAAGCUUAUAUCAUGGGGAAGGAGGAGGCUUGA